AAUCAGUUUGCGACUGAUCCCCGCGACCAUCCUCAGCUCAUGCCGCCUCCGCUUACCUCCCCGCCACUGCCCCCGCAUCUCCUCCGCCCCCUCCACGGCCGCACGCUCACCACCGAGCUCCUCGACCCCCUCAUCCGGUCUACCUCCUCCUCGCCGUCUCCCUCCCUCUCCUUCUCCCUCUUCGUCCUCCUCCUCCGCUCCGCCCUCCGCCCGUCCCACCUCACCUUCCCUUUCCUCGCCCGCGCCGCGGCGCGCCUGUCCUCCGCCUCCCUCGCGGCCGCGCUCCACGCGCACCCGCUGCGGCUCGGCCUCCUCCCCGCCGACCUCCACGUCGCCAACUCCCUCGUCCAUGCGUACGCCGCCUGCGCCCUGCCGGACCACGCGCGCCGGGUGUUCGACGAAAUCCCCCUGCCCAACCUCGUCUCCUGGAACGCGCUCCUGGACGGGUACGCCAAGUGCCGGGACCUCCCCGCCGCGCGCAAGGUGUUCGCUGGGAUGCCCGCGCGGGACGUGGUGUCGUGGAGCGCCAUGAUCGAUGGGUGCGUCAAAUGCGGGGAGCACCGGGAAGCACUCGCGGUGUUCGAGAUGAUGGAGAACACCGCUGCAGUGGAGGAGGAAGAGGGCAGGGCCAGGGUGAGGGCGAACGACGUCACGAUGGUGAGCGUGCUCGGCGCGUGCGCGCACCUGGGGGACCUCGAGCGUGGGAGGCGGGUGCAUCAGUGUCUCAGGGAGCGGGGCUUCGCUCUGAAACUCAGGCUCGCCACCUCGCUGGUUGACAUGUACGCCAAGUGCGGGGCGAUCCGUGAGGCGCUGGAUGUGUUCCGGUCUGUGCCAGCCGAGAACACUGAUGUUCUGAUAUGGAACGCCAUGAUCGGUGGCCUUGCGGUGCAUGGCAUGGGCACUGAGUCGCUGGAAAUGUUCCAGGACAUGCAGCGUGCUGGUGUUGCACCAGAUGAGAUCACGUACCUCUGUCUGUUGAGUGCUUGUGUCCACGGUCGUCUGGUGGAUGAGGCUUGGAUGUUCUUCCGCUUGCUCGAGGCGCAAGGGCUAAGACCGCACGUUGAGCACUAUGCUUGCCUGGUAGAUGUGCUUGGUCGAGCAGGGCGCUUGGAAGAAGCAUAUAGUGUUGUUAAGAGCAUGCCAAUGCAGCCCAGUGUUUCUGUGCUUGGUGCUCUCCUGAAUGCAUGUCAUUUACAUGGAUGGGUAGAGCUUGGUGAGGUAAUCGGCAGGCAGCUUGUCCAAUUGCAGCCAGAUCAUGAUGGCAGGUACAUUGGCUUGUCCAAUAUCUACGCUGUUGCCAGGCGGUGGCAAGAGGCGAAGAAAGCAAGAAAGGUGAUGGAGGAGAGGGGUGUAAAGAAGGUCCCUGGGUUUAGUGAGAUUGAUGUUGGUGGAGGGAUCUCCAGGUUCAUUGCCCAGGACAAGACUCAUCCAGGCUCAGCGCAGAUUUAUGACUUGCUGAAUCUGAUAGCAAUGGAGAUGAAAAUUAAGGAUGAUGAUGCCAUUCCAGAUUACCUUAGUGCACACUGCUAGAAUGAUGGUUGCACCUGCGGAUCUCUCAAGAAACAAUUUCCAUGAAGUAGUUUGGUUUUUUUUUUCCAGAGUGAAUCUGGGCAUAGUAUUUGUUGCUCUCAGUUCUGUCCACUGAAGCACUACCAAAGCAUCAUUUAGGCUAAGUGGAGUUUAAACUGCCAGGUACAACCUAGUUGUGAGCACAUCCAUCAGGGGACAGAUAUAUGCAGAUAAGAAGCAACAUUUGUACCACAUAAAAUGGUGGGAUUCAGAAGUAGUCUUGAUUAUUUCUGUUCUUGCAAUGGAAAUGGGGGUAGCCUCGGUUCAAAAAAAGUUGGUAGUCUUGAGAUUCACCUAACUGCUUCGAGAAUUCAGUAAAACAAAGGUGAAAUUGAUGACAAUCAUGAUUACUGUAUGUAUAUGGAGUUAUGGACAUUGCUCAAACAGCAGGCAGACAGUAUUUACAUCUGGAAGCAUGUGUGAAAACUGUUUGGAGCAUGCAAUGUGCCAUGACCCCAGGAGCAUGUUCUGGCCUUUUUAUAUGGAAGAGCAUAAGCUGUUUCUGCCCUACAUCGCUUCGGGGAGGCUCCGGUGUUCCAAGUUCGCUGCUCUCGACAAUCUUUUGGACCAUCUCGAGCACCUCGCUCAUCUUGGGGCGGUACCUAGCAUGGCGCACCAGGCACUUGUUUGCCACUGACGCAAGCUGGGCUGCUGAUUUUAUGCUAUAGUUCCCUUGAAGCCUCGGAUCGAUCACAGUCUCAAGCUUCUUAGCGUCAGAAGAGUAGGGCUUCACCCAGUCCACGAGAUUCUGCUCGCCUCUCGGCCUAUUUCGGUCGAGAGGUCGCCGGCCUGUGAGGAGCUCGUAAAGCACCACACCGAAGCUCCAUAUGUCAUUCUUGGUGCUGAGGCGUCCUGUGUGGAUGUAUUCAGGAGCUGCAUAUCCAAUUGUCCCCACCACCUGUUUGAUUUUCAUACAGAAGAAGAAUUUUAAUAAUGAUCCUUCAGCAAAUGUUAAUAUCAGUGAGUUGCAAAUA